AUGUCUUCUCCGGCGCGUUCAACGCGCUCGAGUCGCGCUUCGACACCAGCAGAUGAUAGCUCUUCUAUCGUAUCAAUGGCCCUCGAAUCACCAGGAACCAGGAUGAGAAAGCUUAUGGCUGCUUUCGACGAAGAGUCUGAAGAUGACGCCGGCGUUCCUGUCAGACCUACAACAAAGUCAACCUCUACAACACAAUCAGCAAGCAUGACGCGUAACCUUAACGCGUCAAAUAAUCAAGAGGAUGAGCAGAGCGCAGAGGAGGAUGAACCUGUGUUCAAGCCGAGAGGCAAAUUGGCAGCUAGAAUGGGAGGAGCAGCUCCUCCAAUUCAGGAAGAGUCGUCUUCAGAAGAUGAAGAUGUGUACCAAAAGAUCAGAAGAGACCUUAUGGUUUCGAAGAAGGCUCCCUCUGCCGACAGAUCUCCCAUCAAAGCUACACACUCGAUUGAGACGGCUCGCGCAGAAACACCCCAGCUCAGCCCUCCUCGCAAGAGACUCGUACAUCGAGCUUCUACUCCAGCAGCUUCUACUAGAUCAGAGAGUCCUGGCUUGUUCAUGUCGCCAGCUCCCGAGCAGAGACGAUCCCUUGACGACAAUUCGAACCACUCAGGCGACUCGGACUCGGACCUUCCUGCAGACCCAUCGGCACCUUCUCGACUUCGCGAUCUUGUCAACCGUCGUCGUGCUGAAAGAUUGGCAAGAGAGCAAGCAGAGAAAGAAGCAGAGGAGGAACGUGCUACUGCCGGCCAAGCUCCUCUAUCGGACAUGUUCAACGACGAGGAUACCAGAGAUGAAGCCACGGAACGAAGACUCACACAAUCCGCAAGACCCACACGCAAAGCUAGUAAGAAGGCUUUGGAAGAGAUGAACAGGGAGACACAGAGAAUCAAGAGAAACAUGCAAUUGACACAUCAAGCAAAGGUCAAGAAGCGAUUCACACCACAAGACUUCCUGUCUGCCUUCAACCGUCCCAAGACUUCUUCUGGCCUCGCAAAUGUCACAAACGCUGCGGAUGUCACAUCUUCGUCUCCCCCACCAGAACCUUUCUCGGAAACUGGUGCGCACAAAGACCGCGAUACACCACCAUCGAGUCCUCCGAGCAUGGACAAUUCUCUGAAGAGUAUUCCCGAGCACUCUGUGAUGGAUACGGCAACCGUCGAAGAAUCUGAUGAAGAGUUGCCGACCCUCCAAGAAAUUCUAAGUCAACCUAAGAAGAAAGUCGACAAGGGCAAGGCUCCUAUGCCCAAACCUUCCACUGACCAGAAGUCGAUCCCAAUUCGCAAGGUCCGCGUCAAGAUUCCUACCCACAACAAACUCAACAAAUCUAAGGUUGAUGAUGAAGACGAUGAUCUUGAAAUCGUACACGAUCCCCUUGCUAUGUUCAACCAAGUCCCCAAGACGCAAACUCCCGAGGGCAGAACCAUGUUGAUGCUUCGACAUCUUGCUCAACUCACUGGCAACGGCGACAGGAUUCGUAGCAAGAAAGGACAGAAGCCGUCUAUCUCACCUCAACAACUUGAGAUGCAACUCCGUAAACGUGCUCGCGAGAUCGCAAAUCAGGAACGUGCUGCUAGACUUGCUGAGUUGCGUGCCAAGGGUAUUGUCAUCUUGACCGAGGAAGAGCGCGAGAGAGAGCAAAUGCAGAUUGAGGACAUGCUAGGCAAGGCAAGAGACGAAGCCGAGAAGUUACGCAAGCAAGAAAAAGCCACUGCCAAAGCCAAUGGAGAAGAUGUUGCUCUCAGCUCUGAUGAGAGUGAGGAUGAGGAUUACGUUGGCAGUGACGAAGAAGGAAAAGCUCCAGCAGAAGAGGAGGAUGAAGUAGAGGAAGAAGACAUUGAGCUCUCGGGUUCCGAGGAGGAGGAUACUGUUGACCACGACAUGAUCGAUGCCGAGGCCGGCGAAGAAGAUCAGGAUGACCCUGAAGAGAUUGAGGAACAGGCCGAAGAUGAGACGCCCGAAGACGAUGGACCUCAAUUGCCCAAAUCAAGAAGAGCACGCAGGAAACAUGUCAUCGAGGAUGAUGAGGACGAGGAUGAACCGAUCACUCAGCAGACAUCAGGUGAAGGCAUCAACGACGAACUUGCUGCUGCUUUCGGCUUCGGACAAGCACCCUCUGCUCCUAUGGGCAUGUCACAAAUGUUCGCGGGAACCAUGGACGACACUCAAGCCUCAGGCAUGAUCUCACAGGACCAGGAUUCUCUUGAGAUGCUUCGUAACAUUCCUCCUUCUGCACCAAUGCCUUCACUACCUCUCUUUUUGNAGGAUUCCCAGGAUGCUGUGGCCGACAGUCAAGCUGAUGCGACUCAGGGUCAGGCAAAUGAGCCUACUCAGCAGAUGGAUCUACAAUUCCCUCCACCCUCUGCCGACUCGCCCGCAGUCCAACGAAUGUCACAGUUCUCUCAGAUUCCAGAUCCAUCUCAGGAUGUUGGCUUCGAUCCUAACCUUAUUCCACUCGCUGACCGACUCCGUGCUCCUUCGUCUACCGUCGAGACCGUCAUGCUCGGUGUGCCAGAAUCUCCCAUCGUCCAGCGUCGUGGUCGUCUGGUCAGGCGAUCUGAGAUUGACCAGCAGGAGGACGAAGAAGCAGUGCCAUCUUCAGCGCCUGUUGCUGCCGAAAAACAAUCAGAUGCCUUCAGCGUCAUGCGUCAAGCAGCGAAGAAACCCGCCCAACCUGACUUUGACAAGCAGAAGAGUAAUGCCAAGGGAAUGGUUGACGAACAAGCCGAGGAAUCUGAAGAUGAAUACCGCGGUCUUGGAGGUGCCAGUGACGAUGAAGAUGCAGGCUCUGGUGACGAAGACGACAAGCAAAUGAUCGAUGAGACUGAUGUCAAGGUCGAUGAGCGCCAACUAGCAGCUCUCUACGCUGAGAAGUCGCGCGUGCAAGAUGAGGCUCAAACAAGCAAGCUGUACAAGGACCUCAUGUCUGGUGCUCUCCGACGCAAGCGUGGCAACAAUGCUUUCGAACUUGACUCGGACGAAGAUGAUCAAUUGGUCGAAAGAAGACGCCGCAGACAACGCGAAGAAGCUCGCAAGCGUAAACUUUUGCUUCAAGACGAGACGCUGGGCAAGCUUGGUAGCAACGACAAGAAAGAAGCCUUCCUCCGCGCCAUUGAAGACAGAGAUGAAGCCGGCGAUGUUGACUUCCUGGAUGGCCUUGAUGUAGAUGACGAUGCUGAGAUGGUCGACUCACAACAACAACCUUCUGCAUCUCAACCUACUGCUUCCCAAGCAGGCAACGAAGAACAACCCAACGCCUUGAAACGACCAGCUGAUGCUCUGGACCUCAGCCAGUCAUCGCAACAAGAGCAGCCUUUGCAGAAGAAGAAGUCUGUUGCAGCGUCUUCUCUCCGCCGCUCUGGCCUUAGUGACACAUUCCGCAAGCCCAAGUCCUUGGCCGAAGUCCGCGACUCGCUGUCCUUCCUUAUUGAUGACCCAUCCAACGAAGAACUGGCUUCCGAGAUCUUGCUGUCUUCAGACGAAGAAAGAGAAGUCCGCGCCAUAUCCUCAGAACCCAGAGCUCCCGCCUCAGCCCGCAGAGUCCCCGCGAAAGACUCCAUCAUCGACCGCCUGACCCUCAAGAAACAAGCCUCUUCCACUAUCGCCGAAACCUCCUCCGACUCCAACCUCGCAUUCACUUCCCUCUCCCAACAAUCCAGAGGCAGCAUUUCUUUCAAACCAGCUUCUCUGCUCCGAAAAGCUACUGUCAACAAUACCUCGUUCACUGAGAAUAGAGCCCCUCCUGCUUUGACCAGGGAAAGCAGUAGUGGAAUUAGAAACGGAGGGUCUAAGAAGAGCAGUAUCAAUUACCAAGCUAGAGAGGCGGAGAGACAGGAAAUUGUGCAGAAGGCGGCCAAGAGGAGGGAAGAGAAUGUUAGGAAGAUUGCUGGGUUGAGACGCAAGGCUGGUGGUGCCCUUGGUGCUUUGGGUAGAGUUGGAGGUGGAUUUGAGUAG